UAAAGCAGCGGCGGAGGCGUCGCGCUGAGAUGGCGGCGGCUGGGCCCGGAGCCGGUGGCGGAGAAGGAGCCGUUGGCCGCGGGGCCCGCGCCUGAGCGACGGCCGCGAGCUGCCGCGACUCGGGUCCAAACCCUGUCCUUGGCCCUUCCUCUCCCCCUCCCUCCCGGGACUGUCCCUGCCAGGCUUUAACUCGUCCCCAGCCCCGCCGGGCCCUCGCUGCAGGUGGGCGCCCUGGAAGCCGGGAUGUCGGACAGAGGCAGCAGCAUGGACGGCAAGACGGACAUCGUGAACGGCAGCUUGUCCAGCAGCCCUGAGGAGAUGUCGGCCGAGGAGGGACGAGAAACCUCCUCAGGCAUCGAGGUGGAGGCCUCAGACCUCAGCCUGAGCCUCACGGGAGACGACGUGGGGCCCAACCGCACCAGCACGGAGAGCAGGGACACGGACACGGAGAGCUCGGCCGAGGAGAAGGACUCUGACAGCAUGGACGACACCGGGCACUACUCCAUCAACGAGGAGAGCCGCGCCCUCGACCGCUCACACUCGGAGGAGGAGGAGGAAGAGGAGGAGGAGGAGGAGGAGGAGGAAGAGCAGCAGCAGCAGCAGCAGCAGCGCUCGCACCGCCGCGCCCAGCGCAAGCGCGCCAACCACGACCAGGACUCGUCGGACGACGAGCAGGCGCUGGAGGACUGGGUGUCGUCGGAGACCACGGCGCUGCCGCAGCCGCGCUGGCAGGCGGUGCAGGCGCUGCGGGAGCGGGAGCUGGGCUGCAGCACACGCUUCGUCUACGAGGCCUGCGGGGCGCGGGUGUUCGUGCAGCGCUUCCGCCUGCAGCACGGGCUGGAGGGGCACACGGGCUGCGUCAACACCCUGCACUUCAACCAGAGAGGGACCUGGCUGGCCAGCGGCAGCGAUGACCUCAAGGUGGUGGUGUGGGACUGGGUGAGGAGGCAGCCGGUGCUGGAGUUUGAGAGCGGGCACAAGAGCAAUGUUUUCCAGGCCAAGUUCCUCCCCAACAGCGGUGACUCCACGCUGGCCAUGUGUGCUCGGGACGGCCAGGUCCGUGUGGCCGAGCUCUCGGCCACCCAGUGCUGCAAGAACACCAAGCGCGUGGCCCAGCACAAAGGGGCAUCACACAAGCUGGCCCUAGAACCGGAUUCUCCAUGCACUUUCCUAUCGGCAGGUGAAGAUGCUGUCGUCUUCACCAUCGACCUGAGACAGGACCGACCCGCCUCGAAACUGGUGGUGACAAAGGAGAAGGAGAAGAAGGUGGGUUUGUACACCAUCUACGUGAACCCAGCCAACACCUACCAGUUUGCUGUGGGAGGCAGAGAUCAGUUUGUCAGGAUUUACGACCAGCGGAAAAUAGAUGAGAACGAGAACAACGGUGUGCUGAAGAAGUUCUGCCCUCACCACCUGGUGAACAGCGAGUCCAAAGCUAACAUCACCUGCCUCGUCUACAGCCACGAUGGCUCUGAGCUCUUGGCCAGCUACAAUGAUGAGGACAUUUACCUCUUCAACUCCUCCCACAGCGACGGCGCUGAGUACAUCAAGAGAUACAAAGGGCACCGCAAUAAUGCCACUGUCAAAGGCGUCAAUUUUUACGGCCCAAAGAGCGAGUUUGUGGUGAGCGGCAGCGACUGCGGCCACAUCUUCCUGUGGGAGAAAUCGUCCUGCCAGAUCGUGCAGUUCAUGGAGGGGGACAAGGGUGGAGUGGUGAACUGCCUGGAGCCCCAUCCCCACCUCCCCCUCCUGGCCACCAGCGGCCUCGACCACGACGUCAAGAUCUGGGCACCGACGGCAGAGAAUCCCACUGAGCUGGCCGGGCUGAAGGAGGUGAUCAAGAAGAACAAGCUGGAGCGGGAUGAGGACAGCCUGCACCACACCGACAUGUUCGACAGCCACAUGCUCUGGUUCCUCAUGCACCACCUGCGACAGAGACGCCACCACCGGCGCCGGAGGGAGCCGGGAGCACCCGACGGCGACUCGGACGAGUCCCAGAGCUCCUCGGACACGUCGGAUGAGGAGGAGGAGGAUCGGGACCGGGUGCAGUGUAUGCCCUCGUGAGACCCUCCCACCCCGGGCGGCUCAGGGCACACCACAGCCCUACUAACACUUUGAGCUUUGUAUUGACUUGUUAAGGACCCCCCACCCACCCCACAGCCCACACUUCCCUCCCUCCUCAUCCUCGCAGCCCUCCCCAGAGCGCUGGAGGCGGCACCGCCUCAGCCUGGGGGUCCCUCCCUUCCCCUCCCCAGGACCCACCCAGGGCUGGGAGGGGGGGGACUGGGGGAUUUUUGUACUAACACGACCCCCUGGUCCCCUCUCCUGCUCCUCUGAGGAGGAUGCAGCCCCCUGCCUCCCUCCCCAGAGCCACCCCCCCCCUCACUUCAGCGCUCCCCGUUCUUCCCUGGGGGCUGUGUGUGUGUGGGGGGGGGAGGGUCUGUGUGUCCUCCCCUUUCCCCCCCUCCCUGGGGGUGUUUGCAGAGAGAUGCUUUGUCUAGUUUGUACAUAUCGGUGAUUUGCACUUGGUUUGGCCCUUCCUGCCCCCAGCCCCCCGGGGCAGCACCCAGCCCCCCCCAGCCAGGACGUUCUUGUCCACCUUCAGUUACUUUUGAGGAGAUCUCUUUCAUUUCUGUUUGGGGAGGGGGGCACAGGGGUGAGGGCUCCCCCGUCACUGUUAGAGGCCUAAUUUUAUAUGUAUUAAAACCAAAUCGAACUUGGAUGUUAUCAAGUUAAAAUUAUUGUAAAAGUUUGAAUAUAUAUUAUAUAUAAAUGCAAUAAAAACCGACAGAGAGAGGCA